AUGGCUGGUAUGACAGACUCCCAGGUGGUGCAGUAUGCUACAGAGUUAAGGGAUCUUCUCAUCUCCCACGAGAAAGUCAACUCCCAGAUAACUGCUCUUGAGUCCUACAUCCAGCGCCAGAGUCAGCAGACCCUACAAUCUACACUACAAGAUUCCAAGUCCAGAACCAUCCACCACCUCACCAAGAAGUCUGUGGCCAACGGCAUCAAGAGGGUCUACCAACAAGUCUCCAACAACAAGUGGAAGAAGGUCACAGAGUUAUCUGCCCAUGUCAUCCAACAGCUAGACCAGCAGCCAGAACUUCCCCCCUCCACCACUAGUGCAGGAAGGUCAACCGAGAUGGAUGAGAUGGCCCCCCUCACCACCCAGAGUUUCUGUGAGCUGUACAGGAGUGCUUGAUCAUCUAGUGUUUUGUGACGCCUGAUCAUCUAGUGUUCUGUGAGGCUUCAUCAUCUAAUGUUUUGUGAUGCCUGAUCAUCUAGUGUUUUGUGACGCCUCAUCAUCUAGUGUUUUGUGAUGCUUGAUCAUCCGGUGUUUUGUGAUGCCUGAUCAUCUAGUGUUUUUUGACCAUGAAUCAUGUGAUGAACAUGUAGUGCAGUGACUCAGUGUCUUACUUGACUGAUAUGUUUUGUGUUGGUGCUUCAUAAGAAUGUGCUAAUUUCUUUUACGUCUGAA